GACUUGUCGAUAUGACAACACCAUUUAUACAACGUCAAGAUACAAACAAUCGCCAAGAGAUCGAGUAUCUAUUAUUAUACGAUUUUUGGCUACUGGUGAAACUUAUAGAAGUUUAGAAUAUUCUACGAGAAUUCCAGCGUGUACAAUUUCUCGUAUCAUCCCUGAAACGAGUCGUGUUAUUAACGAAGUUCUUCGAAAGGAUUAUUUAAAGACACUAAGUACAGAUGAAGAAUGGACAGAAAUUGCAAAUAAUUAUUUCCAACUUUGGAAUAUUCCAAAUUGUAUUGGCGCAAUGGAUGGACGACAUAUUGAAUUCAAAGUGCCACUUAAGGACGGAUCAUUAUAUUAUAAUUACAAGGAUACUAAUAGCAUUGUUUUAUUAGCAAUAGUUAAUGCAUUUUAUCAAUUUAUGUACAUCAACGUUGGUGUUAAUGGCAGAGUAAGUGAUGGAGGAGUUUUUCGCGACAGUGAUUUUGCACAACUAUUAAAUAAUUCUCAAAAUCCACUAAAUAUACCAGAAGAUAAGCCUUUGGCUGGUAUGGAUGAACCUAUGCCAUAUGUAUUAUUAGCUGAUAAUGCUUUUCCUUUGCAAAAGCAUAUUUUAAAACCGUAUUCGUUACGAAAUUUAACACAUGAUGAACGAAUAUUAAAUUAUAGAGUCAGUAGAGAGAGAAGGGUUGUUGAAAAUAGUUUUGGAAUAUUAGCAAAUAGAUUUCGUGUUCUUUUAUCAACAAUAUAUUUACCAGUCGAUACUAUUUAAAUUAUUACUCUUGCGUGUUGUGCUUUGCAUUAAUAUAAGACCUAAUAGGAAUGCCGUUUCGUGAAAAAUUCAAACAAUAUUUUAAUACUGUUGGAGCAGUUGAAUGGUAAGAUCAUAUGAUUUAGUUUUUAAAAAUUUAGGGCAAACUUUAACAAAAGAGGAUUCAGUUCAAAUAAUCUCGACUUUGACAUAUUAUCAAGGUCAAGGUCAAAGUCAUUGAGGCUGGGUACCCUUUUGUUAAGAUUUACCGAAUUUAAAUAUAUAGUAUAUAAUUUUACUAUAUUUAAAUUCGGUAAACCUUAAUAAUAUACUAAUUAUAGUAUAUAAUUAGUAUAUUAUAAAUAAAUUAAUCCAAUUCAUUAAAAUAUAUUUUAAAUAAUGUAUUGUAAUGUAAAUAAAUAUUCAAUAUUUAUAUUCAAUAUUUUUUUAUUAAUUGGCACACAGUAGAUAACAUAACAGUUAAUUUUAUGUAUGUAUUUAAUAAUAGUAUGUAUUAUAGUACAUAGUAUAUAUGUAUAAUAUAUAGUAAAUUGUAGUGUAUGUUGCGUGUGUAAAAAUUUUAAUAAUUCAAAAUAAAUAAUAAACUUUUAUAAUAAACAUAACUUUUUGCAUAUAAUGUACUCGAUUUAUAAUUUUAUCAUAAAUUUAACCCAUUAACGUCCAAGCACAAGCAUUUUCAAUAUAAUAUUUAACGACUUUAUUUGCAACGUUAUAGGUCUAUAAAAAAUUUGAAAACUAUUAUUUCUUACGUAAAAUUUUAUACUUUUUUAGAAUCUUUUAUCAAAAGUUGUGUAAAAAAUAGUGCCAAAAAGAUAUGACGGGUUUUAAAUCCAAAAA